AAAGUUCUUGGCCAGCCUGAUGAAAAUAUGUACAGGUGGUUCAAUAGAGAACCACGAAAAACCCGGCUAAUUAGGUACUUUUAAUUAAAUAAGCAGCGACUCGACUGACCAACUCGAGUAAAUGAAGAGAGUGUGAUGAGGUUGUAACGCGCGGCGAAAUUCUUGUCCCUUAAUUUCCUUUCGGUUGUCACGGAUAAUGUUGAAGGAAGAGCUGGAAACAAGCACGCCAAGAAAUGCUGAUAACUCGCACACGAUUGCACCGGACUCAGGAAGUAACGACGUGGCCAAGGAGUCGAACCAGAGGCUUGCGAUAGAAGAGAAGCUGGCCAGCAAAAUGUUCUCCUACGCCAGGGAAAUCUGUUUUUUUCUCGCAGUCACCUUCACCGCCUUGACUGCGUUACAUAGCUCAUCACCUAAGGUGUCAAAGCCGCCUAUGGCCAAGCCAUUUUUUAAUCAUAGUUCAAUUGUGUUAGAUUUUUAUAAAGGUCAUAUGGGAGCAGUGAUAGAAAGGGCCAGAGAAUCAGAUUUCAGUUUUGUUAUGUAUUAUGCUCCAUGGGAUGCUGAGAGUCAAACAGUGCGACCAGAAUUUGAGAAAGUUGCUGAGUAUUAUGACUCACAGAUAUUUUUUGCUGCUAUUAAUUGCUGGCAUCCUAGCUCAGAAUGUAGAGCACAGUAUAAAAUUCAAAGAUACCCUCUCUUGAUGCUAUAUCCAGCAAGAGAAUCUGGUGUACAAUACAAAGGCAUUCGUACUUCACAGUACAUGAUUCGUUUCCUUAAUGCAGCAAUGAAUCCAAUAGUUAGGAUCACCCAUCCAGAUCAGCUGAUAGAAUUAAUUGUGAAUUAUGAUGCUGUAGUAGUAGGAUAUUUUAAUUUCACAAGGUUAGACAGAACUCCUGGUUACAAAGAAUUUCACAAGGCUGCUAUUAGUGCUUUAGAGAGUGAUCCUAACAGAGAAUUGGUCUUUGCUAUUGUUACCAGUGCAUUAGCCAGUGAAAGAGAUCAUAACGUUUAUAAAUUUCCAUCUGCAGAUUUGCUGAUGUGGAAUGAAUCUCUUAGGUAUCCAGAAGAUUCUGACUGGACUUCCGAAAAUAUAUUAAAUUGGAUUACAACAUCCCUUCAUCAACCAGCAUUAUGGCUACAACCUCCAGGGGUAAAAGCACUCACUUUAGCACCAUAUUUGAAAGAGGGGCCUGUACUUUUUCUCUUCACACCUCGUAAUCCUUUACACGUUGAAAAUUACAAUUAUAAUUUGAUUAGAGAAAUCGGACUUCAGUAUUAUAACUAUGCGGAUAGUCUCUUGGCUAAAGAUAUCUUCGACCGGCUCAGUUUUAAUCGCCGCACUGCUAUUAAUAGGCACUCUGAGAGAAACAGACAAUGUAUAAAGAUACUAAAGGAGAACAAAAAUCAAUUAAACGAAUCGGUCGUUAGUGUUUCUAUCCAACGAUGGAUUAAUGAUAGUUGUUGUGCUAAUGUUGUAAUAAAUAAAUGUUCUUUGUGUAAAAAAAAUGUUCUGAACGAUGCGGAGAGGAUAACAUCCGUUUGCAGACUUGACUCGGAUAAAUUGGGCCAUAUGUGUAAAGGUGCAGAUAUUUUUAAACUUUCUCCUGUGGAGGAUCUGCAAGAGAAAUAUGAAGUUUGCUGUAACAAAGCUCAUAUACCUGCGAAGCUACAACAAGGGUUUAAAUUUAAAAAUGAAAGAAAGAAAGCAUCUUCAUUCCCUGGAAGGGAACGUGACUCACAAUCUGCCGAAGCUGUUAAGCAAAAUUAUUUAAAACAGCAAUGUAAAAGAUGGAUAGCUGCAAAAAAAUAUCAUGAGCCCAUAUUUCCACGUGAUGAUCCUGACCAACCGGAUAUAGAUUUAAAGAUCUCAGUGCGCAAAACGAAUACAACAUUGGGCCUGAUAGCAAUUGAUAGUUUGCACUACUUCUAUUUUGCAGAAGCACUUGGAAUAGACGUCUUGAAACGAAAAGAUAAGACUGCUGUCGUUAUAUUAGAUGCCGCUCACGAAAGUCAAUAUGUCAUGCAGGAUGAGUUUAAUCGAUAUACACUUAUACAAUUUAUAAAUAAUUAUACUCACGGUUUUUUACAACGGACUCUGCGAUCGAGUAACUCAAGGCGUUACGCUCAGAAGUUUAAAAAUAAUGUUACUUGCGAUGUGGAAGGUGUGCAGAGCGUGUGUAUACCAGAGUUAACAACUGAAACCUUCCUAGACACAAUUUUAGAUCCUAUGAAGGAUGUGGUUGUGAUGUACCAUUCUCCUUAUUGUGCAUUUUGUAGCGCGAUUUCAUAUACAUAUUUAACAGUGGCUCAUUACCUACGUAAAAUGGAUCAUCUUCUAUUCGUCAGGGUUGACGGUGAUAACAAUGAUUUACCGUGGGAAUAUAAUAUGAAUCGAUUCCCAUCCAUUCUGUUUUUUCCUGCCAAAAGAAAAGAGGAUAGCACGGUGUAUCCGUUUUCUUUGCCAAUUACCAUUCCUAAUCUUGUUAACUUUGUCUUGGCGAAUUUGGAUGAAGACUUGCAUGUCGAAGCUCUUGUAAAUAUUUGUCAGUCUGGAGCUGGAGAGCAACCAGACAAAUGCAUUGCUCGAACACGUUGGCUGUGUUUAGAUAUCAUUGAACAAUUGCUCCGGGAUUAUCGAAAAUUUAUUAGGCACAUUAACUUACUCGGAAGAAAGAAUGCUAAAAACAAGAGAAAAAUCAUUUUAUUGAAGUUAGCACAUAUUAAGGACAUACACUUGAUGUUAGGCACCACCGUGGAUCUCAGAAAAGAUCAACAGAAAGUGAAACUCAUUAGGAGGAAAUAUAGAAAAUAUUAUAGAAAUAUUAGGUUAAUCGAGUUAGAUAGUCAAAUGAAUAGUACUCGAACAGGAAAUGCUAUUCCACGACAAAAAAUUUCUGGGAAGGAAACGAUUAAAAGCGAAUUGUGAUAUAAGUUUAAUGAUAGGUAUAUUCUGGUAAACGUUAUUUUACUUAAGUUUUUUCAUGACCUCAUACGAUAUGUAUAGUAUAUACCUCACCUUUUUCUGUAAAUGAAUGCGACUGUAUAUUUGAACACUUUCGUGUUGCUUUUGUGAACGUACAUCACAAAAGAGGAACACGUUUAUUUAUGAUUUUAAACGGAACAUUCCUUCUUAAUACUCAAAAUUCAAUCUUCAGAUACAUUUAAAUUAAUGUCGAACAUUUCAUGAUAGGAAUGAAAUGCUUUUUUACAAUCAGUCUAUCAAAGUACUUUCAAUUUUUUCUACCGUUAUAAUGUGAACAAUUAGAAACAGAUUUUAUAUACUGCAUGAAAGUUUUCGCAGUGUAACAUUGUGAAAAAAUUCUAGUCUUCUUUUAGUUCCAGAACUUUUAUAAAGAUUUUUCGAGAAUGUAUUUAUAGUUGCUAUUCUUGUAAAGAUAAGUAACUCAUUGAUAAGACUAUUUUUUUCCAGUGUAUUAUGGUUCUAUUCAGGGAGUGUACAUAUGGUAGAAUUACUCAUCUUUGAUUAAUAUUCAUGAUGCUUAAUGCCAGAACAGAGAAAUGAAGCUCGUACUAUUCCAAGCAUAAAACAGCAAGAAACGACAUAGGCAAAAAGCCUUAUUUUUCACAUUUCGUUUUGUAGAAUAUUAAAUACUUGAAGACAGACUAAAUUAACUAUAUAAUAGUUUUUUAAGGGAGAAGGUGACCAUUUAAAUUAUCUCUUGCCUAGUACAAUUUUAUCUUUGUCUGGCACUCCGUGUGAUUUGCACACACAUUUACUAAAAUGUGUGUCACUUGUACAUUUAUGUAAAUAUUGUUAUACAUAGUAAUAAUAAAAGCUAUAUGUUGAUAUA